AUGGACUCAAAACAAGUUCGAAACCCAUACAAUGGACUCGACGAUUUGCAAUCAGAUUUUGGCGACUUGCCCGAUGAUAGAAUAGCUCAAAAGAAACGGAAAGGAGAUUUUAUGGAAAAAGUGCGACCUGACGAUCUCAUGAAAAAAAAAAGAACCGAUGGCCGCGCAGAUUUCCAGGAAGAACAUGGGAGAAUGCACAGAAAAAUGGCGAAAAUGAUGUCAAUGAAUGCCUAUGAAAGACACAAAGAAAUUAUCAAUCUUUAUUAUCUCUCAUAUCCGGGAGCCACAAAGUUGCUGAAUAGAAAAGUGGAAGGCGAAACAACAGAUCUGGAUGUGCUCAAAAAGCAUCACAAGUUUGUGUGGAACGAGGAAGAUGAAGGAAAAGAGCCGGAAAGUUGGGAAAAGAGAAUGGCUAAGAAAUAUUAUGAGAAACUGUACAGAGAAUUUGCUAUAAUUGACUUGUCAAUGUAUAAAACCAACAGGUUCGGAUUGCGAUGGCGGACAGAAAACGAGGUGAAAGAGGGAAAAGGGCACUGGUGGUGUGGAGCUAGAAAAUGUUCCGAGAAUUCUCAAAUGGCUACGUGGGAGGUUAAUUUCGCUUACAAAGAAGACGGACGGUCCAAAAACACACUUGUUAAAGUUACGCUUUGUCCAAAUUGUUCGAAUAAGCUGAAUUAUGGAUCUAAAAAACGACAAAUCAAGCAGAAGAAACGAGCCGUGAGGAAAUGGGACAAGCAGCGAAGGAGAGAGGAUUCAGAUGAAGACGAAGGCGUGGGGACGAGUGAGAUGAAAAUUGAGAAGCAGGAUAAAGAUCAACCUUCCACCUCGGCUGCUUCAACACUAUCGGCUUCGACCGACAUUUGGGAAGGUCCGGCGCCUGCAGAAACGGAGAAAACAGUGGAUGAUGAGAUCGACGAGUUUCUGAAUGAUCUUUUCCUUCAGCCGGUAAAAAUGUUGCGAAUUCUUUUGAUUUUCACUCUUUCCAUUGUCUGUGUCUAUCCCCAAACUUCUAGCAAUUAUACUCUUGAGUUCGUUCAAACUCUGUGGCGACAUGGCGACAGAGCGGCUCUUGAAGAUCUCCACCCAAUUUAUGAAGCCAAUUGGACUUUUGGAGGUGGAGGAUUAGGAGAGCUUACACCUCUUGGAAUGUCUCAAAUGAACAAACUUGGGACUGUUUUCAGACAAAUGUAUGUGGAAAAUGAAGAGCUCUUGAGUCAUCGAUAUGCGGCGAAAGAAAUUUACAUCCGUUCUACUAAUGUUAAUAGAACUAUUAUAUCAGCAAUGUCUCUUUUGUAUGGAAUGUUUCCUCCGGGUGCUUGGAAUAUUCAAGGAGUGGACUACCCAAAUAGUGUUGACUGGCAACAAGGGUUCACUUUUGUUCCAGUACAUGUGGAUGGACCGGAGCUCUGUGUUACAACUCAACAAUGCAAAUGUGCUCGGUUUGUAGAGCUACAAGAGAAGUGGGCGGAGCUUCCAGAAGUGCAGUCUGCCAACGCAAAAAUGAUCACAAUGAACAGAAAAGUAGCAGCGUUAUUCAAUAUCACCAAGGUCCCUCAGCUAUUCAGUAGCUAUACCGAUGCAUGGAGGUGUCAGAGAAAUUGGUUCAACGAUACACUUUAUAGAGACCUCCCAUUUUAUAACGAGGCGCUGUACCAAGAAUCUCAAACAACAUUUAAACCAUACAAGCAACUGAUGGAAGGAUAUUUUGAGGAACCAGCAAUUCUGAAUGGAGUGGAUAUUGCUCAUGAAACAAGUGUCAUACAGGGAGGUUCUCUGUUGAAUGAACUUUAUGAGAGAGCUCGAGAAAAGGCAAAUUGUAUAAGGAACUUGGAUAACUGCACGAGUUUUUUGAAGCCUGUGAAGUUUUAUGGGUACUCAUCUCACGACCUUGUAAUCUACGCUGUUCUUGUCCCCCUUGGAAUCCAAGAUUCUGUAAAAACCCUAGACGGAUGGCCGGAUACAUCUGCAUCACUGACGAUUGAACUCUACAGUAACACUUCCAACAAUACUGAUUUUUUCGUAAAAUUCUUGUAUCGAGACAACUCUCGAGUUGAUUUUUCGGAUGUCACCGAAAGAGUAAAAGGAUGUAAUGGUACAAAAUUUUGCGCGCUGGAAGAUUUUGGAAGAGCUGCAAAGAAGUUUAAGCCGCUUCCAGAUUUUCAGACGGUG